GUAUGAAGGUGACGAGUGCUUCGCUGAAUCUUGGAUGCCAAGAAAGUGAUCGAAGAGAAAAUAAAUAAAUAAAUAAAUAAAUAAAAAGAUAGUUUACAAAGGAGAUUACUUAAUUCAGUGAACUGUACGUAGCCAUCAACCUCAUUACAUGGAAAUGUUCAAUGAUUCAAACACUACAAUCACUACGACUCCGCAGACCUUCCACAUGCAAAUUCAACGAUCAAUUAUCCCAUCUACAACCCACAUCAAGGUUCAAGAAGGGAGAUCACAGGACCAAGCAACAGUGGCGGGUGGUCAAUUCUCCAAAAAGCUGUUUCAAAUCCUUUUCUAUUCCCACCUGAUCCUAAUUGCCAUUUUAGCACUGGUAUUAACAAUUAAAGGUUUAGUCUCUGCUCGCAGACACCAUUUCUAUCCGGACAAAUGGUACCCUCCACUUCUCAUUUCAAUAGCAUGUGCUGGGGUUUUUUCCUUCACAUGGCAAUGGAUCACUCUCCUCAACCCAUCAAAAGCAUUAAGAGCUGCCUUUUGGUUAAGUCCCUUGCUAACUUGUGCUAUUAGCAUACUUCUUGUACUGGUUGGCUCGACUGCAAGUUCAUCGAUUGGCGCAGUUAUACUCCUUUUUGCACUGAUUCAAUCCCUCUACGCCUGUUGGGUCAACCCCAGAUUUGAAUAUGCAAGCAAGGUCCUCUCUGUUUCUAUUGCUUUCCCUCCAGCCAACACCACAAAGCUCGUGGGUCUAUCGAUUGCUGUGGGUGUCCUCUUCUCCUGCUUCGUGGUGUCUGGCAUUGGAGGAGCAACCGCCACUUCAACUGGUGUAGACAUUUUCUUCAUCUCAGCCAUGGUGAUCAGUCUUUGGUGGUCUAUGCAAGUGAUCAAGAACACACAGCAGGUGACAAUCUCACGAGUAAGGCACCUAAAUUUUGCAACUGGGGCUGAUAUGGAUGACAGGAUUGCCUUCAGGGACACGGUUAGGGAGUUGAUGGGAAGGGUGUGCAUAGGUUCCACGAUUGUGCCAGUCGUGGUAGUUGUAAGAGGAUUUUCCAGAGGCAUUAAAUUGAUUGCUGGAGACAAAGACGAGUUCUUGUUCUCCUGUGCUAAUUGCUUCUCUAGUGUGGCCAAGGCACUGGCAUCUUAUGGUAAUAGAUGGGGGUUUGUGCAGGUGGGAGCUUAUGAUAAAGACUUUGUGCAGGCUUCGAUCGAUACAUGGGAGAUGUUCAGGAGGAGAGGAUUGGAGCAACUAAUUGACUCAGAUCUAACAAGCUCAUUCUGUUUUUUAUGUGGGAUGAUAGGAGGUGCAAUAUGCAGUUUGGUUGCAGGAACAUGGGCACUUGUAAUUCACAAGAACUAUGCCACAGAACUGAGUAUAUAUGCUUUCUUGAUAGGGUAUUUCAUGUGCCGGGUAGCAAUGGCGUGGCCGCAAGCAUGUGUUUCAGCUUACUACGUUGCUUAUGCUGAGAAUCCACAGAACAUGCGGUUUGACUCAACGAUCCCAGACCGUCUUCAAGAGCUCCAAAGAUACAGUGUUUGACAAUCACUUUGGAGGAAGAGCAGCAGAGGCCAGCAA